AUGCGCAGUCUCAAUCUCCUCUUCCUAGCAGCAGUGCCUCUGGCAGCCGCCGUAUGCUACUAUCCAUCCGGAUACAGCGAAGCCAGCCUCGAAUACCAGCCAUGCAACCAGUACACCGGCGCCAGUAUGUGCUGUGGCACAAACCGCAACAACCCGUCUGGUAACAGCAGAGACAAUGGAAACGGAAACACUCAAGACAAGUGCUUGAAGAACGGACUGUGCUCGAACGAGUGGGAGACGACCGAUGACAGCGGCGCAACGGUCGAAAACAUAGCAUAUUUCCGUGAUCAAUGCACGUCGACGAACUGGCAGGAUGAUUGCUUGAAUAUCUGCACGCAGGAGACGAAUCCAGGGGUAGGAAGCUCAAGCGAUGUGGUGUUGGUGAUUCCAUGCGAUGGGACGGCAACCUCGAACACCUGGUGCUGUGGCAACAGCACUGACUGCUGCGACAAGUCUCCUAUCACCAUCGCACAGGUCUUUGCUCCGGAUGCCACAACCUCGGCCAGCAGCAGCAGCAGCACGUCGACCCAACACACCACCGCCACUUCCGCGCCAACCUCGACGCCAUCCGCAACUUCAUAUUCGUCGCUGUCACCGUCAUCAUCGUCAGGGCUGUCAAGCGGCGCAAAGGCCGGAAUCAGUGUGGGCGUGGUCCUGGGCGUUCUCGCGAUUCUUACUCUUGGGUUGUUUUUCUUGCGGAGACGCAAGUCGGGAAACGCGGGCAGGACGGAUUACGUGCCAGCCCCGUCGCCGCAAGAGCUCAGCGAGUAUCAGCAGCAACAGCAGCAACAAAGCUAUUACAAGCCCCCGGCUGCGAAUGCUCUCGAAAAGUCCGCAAACCCGGGAGAUCAGAGAUACGAAAAGCCUGCUGACCACGAGUCCCAGCGGUACGAGAUGCCGAGUUGA